UUUACUAUGUUCAUCGAGUUCAUAAUAUUGUUGGGCUUAGCAGCAUUUAUCUUCUACAAAUGGUCAACUGCGGGUUUUGAUUUGUUUGAAAAGAUCGGUCUGCCAUAUGACAAGCCUUAUCCUCUAAUUGGCAAUCAAAAAGAUAUUGUUUUUAAGAAGUGUUCCAUGUUUGAUAAUAUUAUCAAAUUUUAUAAGCAGUUUAAUACGAGCUUAUCUGGAAUUUUUGACCAACGUACGCCAAUCUUUAUUGUUCGUGAUCCGGCUUUGUGUAAACAAAUCACUAUCAAAGAUUUCGAUCACUUCGUCAAUCAUCGUACAGUUUUCACAGACAAAGAUGACGGACUUUUUGGCAAUGCCUUAGUGAACAUGCAUAACGAGAAAUGGAAAAGCAUGCGUUCCACACUAAGUCCCGUCUUUACAGGAAGUAAAAUGCGUCAAAUGUUUGUCCUGAUCAAUGAAGUUGCCGAUGAAUCGAUGAAGUUCUUGAAGAAAGAUGGAAAAACUGAGAUUGAUUUUAAUAUCAAGGACUAUUUUACACGGUUUGCCAAUGAUGUUAUUGCUUCGGCAGUAUUUGGUCUGAAGAUAAACUCGUUUGUUAACGAAGAUAAUGAAUUUUAUGCAAUGGGCAAGAAAAUUACACAAUUCAGUUUUUGGCAGAAUUUGAAGUUUAUGUUGUUUACAAAUUUCAAAUAUAUUAUGCGGGCUUUAAAAAUGACCCUUUUCGAUGCCAAGGACACCAAUUACUUUAAAAGUCUUGUAUUGGACGCAAUGAAAUAUCGUCAAGAGCAUAAUAUUAUGCGACCUGAUAUGAUAAAUAUGAUGAUGGAGGCUAAAGGGAUGUUCAUUGACAAGAAUGACGAAAAACCCAUAGCCAAGGAAUGGUCUGAUGAUGAGAUUGUGGCACAAUUUUUUAUAUUUUUCUUUGCCGGUUUCGAGACCACUUCAUUAUUAAUGGCAUUUGCUUCGCAUGAACUAAUGGUUAAUCCUGAUGUACAAGAGAAACUUCGACAAGAAAUACAAGAAGUUAAAGAAAAUCUCGAUGGAAAGCCACUGACCUAUGAAAUUCUUCAAGGAAUGAAGUACAUGGAUAUGGUAAUUUCGGAAACUCUUAGACGUUGGCCUCCAGCUGUUGCUACCGAUCGGGAAUGCACUAAAGAUUUCCAUUAUAAGGACGAUGAAAUAGAUGUGACAAUAAAGGCUGGUCAACAUCUUUGGAUUCCAAUAGUUGGUUAUCAUUUGGAUGAGAAAUACUUUCCUGAUCCAUUGAAAUUCGAUCCGGAAAGAUUUAGUGAUGAAAAUAAGGCUAACAUUGAACCAUUUACUUAUUUACCAUUUGGAGUUGGACCUAGGAUUUGUAUUGCUAACAGAUUUGCAUUGAUGGAAGCUAAAGCUAUGAUGUUUUAUCUAGUUGGAGAGUUCAAAAUCAAACCAUCAUCAAAAUCUACAAUACCGAUGGUUUUGAAAAAAGGAGGUUUCCAAAUAGCACCAGAAAAUGGUUUCUGGUCGAAGCUUGUUCCAUUGAAAUCUUAGUUACUAAUAUUCAAAUGUGAUAAGCCAUAUAAUGUGGCCAAUAGUAUUUAAUUAAGACUUUGUAUUAUGACAGAACUGAAAUUAAAAUAAAAACUCGAAAAUUAUGUCUUAAA